AUGUUUCAAUUGCUGGUUGAAAGAAAUGAACGAAUUACAAGUUUAGGAAGUGGAUCUCAAACGCCGUCAUCCAUACGAGUCGUGAUCAUUGGCUUAUUGAUUGCCAUCGUGCUAUUGAUUGCAUUUAUUGCUGCACUAUUCAUUUAUUAUCAACGAGCCGAAAAGGUACCAAAAGAGAAAUUGCGUGAAAUCGAUCUGAAACCGAUGCAGAAUGGAUCACAACAUUCGGUUCUUCCUACGCAAAUAACCAACGAUCUUAAAAGUGAGUCAGACAGUUAUGUGCAGAGCAGUAAGCACUCAUUGAAUAUGAUUAGUGGAUGGAUAUUCGCCUAUGUUGAUAUCACGUUUGGUUUCACAAUUACAUUUGAUUGCUGA